AUGAGAACUUUCAGCAGCGGCAGCAAGGAAGGCAACAGCAUCGGUAAUGCCACGGCUUCUCAUCAGAGACAAGAAGAUGAUGCAACUGUCACCAUGAAUCGGGAGAACGUGUCCACGAAGUUCGCGGCCGGCAUGGACCGGUGGCAGAACACGCUGGAGGAAAUGAUCAACUUACGCUCCUCGAACAACCAGGCGUUUAAGGAUAACUAUUGGGCCCAAAAUGGUUUUGACGAACUACGUCGUUACGUAAAGCAAGGAAGCGACUUCAGCAAAGAAUUGGCGGCAAUUUUACAGGAAAGGGUCGAAGCAGAAAAUUACUAUUCUAAAUGUCUCGCCAAGCUGGGCACGAAGUUAAGCAAAGCGUGCAAAGAGAGUAUCGGAUCCUGCACAGAAGCGUGGAAACAUGUGGCCAUUGAAAUGGAAAAGAGAUCGGAAAUUCAUCGAAACUACUCCAAUGCUCUUUCGGAAGAAUUAGUGAAGCCAAUGAAACAUAUUAUCGAUAAUCAACUUAAAUUAAGGAAGAAGAUCGAAGGUAACGUUGACAAGACAACGAGGUCUCUAACCGAUUGGAGAACGGCUGAAGCGAAAUCGAAGCGUCAAUCACACGCGGCAGCGAGGGAGAACGAGAAACUUCAAGACGCCGUUCUGGACAUUAGCCGCAUGUCGCGCAGUUCGAGCGUUGGGCACAUCCCGCACUCGAUCCUGAGCGCGGCCCGAGCCGAGCGCUUGGCCAACAACACGAGCGAACGUGACGCCGCCAAGCUGCAGGUCAAGAAGCGGAAGACAGAGGACGCCGUCAAAAAGACUGAGGUCGAAUAUUACAACGUGUGCGUUCAAGCGGAACGGGCCAGGUUAGAAUGGGAGACAAGUGUGGUGAAGGGCGCUGGUAUGCUCGAAUCACUAGAGGAGGAAAGACUCGCACAGCUGAAAACUUCAGCCGAUUGCUACCUAAGGCUGACGGCGGCGGUGCCCCCGCAACUUGCGGAGGCGACGAACGCUCUAGCGGGCCCAAUAAAAAACGCCAAUGCAAACGUCGAUAUGCGAGUUGUCCGCGGCGUGAGAUCGUCUCCGGCGGGCGCGAGCGAGCAGCUUUUACCUGACUUUUACUGCGAACACACAACGCUCGCGAUGAACAGGGAACGCCGUAAGCAGGCCUUGUUAAAGAUCCUCCAGUUAGUGAAACAAGACAUAGACAGAGAGCGAAAGUCGAAACAAGGUUUGGAAAAGUUAUCUAUGGCAAUCAAACAGACUCCAACGUUCGGAAAUGACGAUUCCCAACAAAAUGUAGCUGAUAAAUUGUUCCACAUGAGAUCAAUGCUGACUUACUUAGAAGCGGUCCGAUAUAAAAUAUCAGCAAGCCUAAGCGAGCUCGACAGUAGAUCACCUGUGCAACACCCUCUCGCCACACACAUACAAAUCAUUCGAGACAAGCAAGGUCUACAACAAAGUAUACUAAAAGUGCCACCAUGGCUCCAGGAAGACUACCAGAACGAGGUGAACAAAAAUCUGCAACCGAAUUACACGGCCUUGACGAAGAGCGUUAACGGUGGAGAGGAGAGGGAGAGACGGGACUCGAUAAUGAGCCGAGCAUCGAGUAAGCUGCGUAUAGAGCAUUUGUCGUUCAGGAGGAACGAGAAUAAAAGCGCGCCAACGACUCCGGUCCGUCCAGAAGUGCCGACCACUCCGCUGAAGAGUUCCACACCUCUUGCACCGCCGCUGCCCGACACAAGUCCCCCGAGCCCCCUCGACUGGAGCGAGCGAGGUGCCGGGGACGGUUUGUCCAAUCAGCAUGACAGCGAUUUCGAUGAAUUUUCAUCACAAAGCGAUAGCUCUACCGACUUGACUGAUCUGGGAAAGAGUGACAGUAAUGUGGAUGGAACCCAAAAAUAUAUUGGAAAAUGUCGCGCAUUGUACUCAUACGAAGCUAGGUUGGACGAUGAACUUACACUAACACCAGGUGACGUUAUUAACAUUUACGAGAAACAAGACGACGUGUGGUGGACGGGGGGUCUCAAUGGGAACUAUGGCAUUUUCCCUUCAUCGUACGUCGAAGAAAUUACAACGUGCAUA